ACAGUUCGCCUUCUUUGCCUCUCCAGCGCCGCUUUAGCUCUACUAGACGGAUCGACGAAACUCGUUCUCAAACGACAGCACGCAUCCACUCUUCAGCAGUGGCGUGUCGGUGGCGGAGUGUCAAAGCAUCAACUUUUACUCGAAUUUCGCGGCACCAAAUGGCAAUUGAUCGCUCCAUCUUAUAAUGUUCUCAAGGCGAUUUCGAUGACUUUAUGGGAAACAAUGCAGGCAUCAGCAUCAGCGAAUGUACAAAAAACGUUAAACCAAUCAGCCACUCGACAAUCGCUCGCCGAAGCUGCGAACUCGCCAACAACCACUUCCCGAUCAGCGUCGACUUGUUCAUCAGCCUCUGCAGCUCCAGGCUUCAUUCUAAACGAUGAACCAAUCACAUUAUUCCGCUUGGAGUUGGAAAGACUUCAAUACAUCGUACAUUUCCCUGAAGAAGUCGCCUAUCAAUUGUCCCUCACCGAGUACCAGCUUUUCUAUUCGAUUCAACCGAUGGAAUACGUGCGUUAUGUGAGCUGUGAUCUCACCUCCGUGCCCGUCACUGACAAUCCGUCACCAGUGAAGACGCUAGUGAAGAGGUUGAGUGAGGUCUCUUCUUGGGUCACUCAUUUGAUCGUCUCACAACCGACACACGAUGAUCGAAAAGCUACACUAAACGCGAUUCUCCGAAUCAUCGAAACUUGCUGGAAUAUUGGAAACUUCAAUGGAGCCGUUGAGAUUUUGAUGGGGUUAAAGUCGGAAAAGUUGCGGCCAUUUUGGUUAAGUUUGAGAAGUGAGGAAAAGGAGCAAUUUGAAAUGUUUUGUGAUAUUCUCUUGCCGGGUACCCAUGUUCUUCCCUCACAAGCUUACAUGCAAGCCGUUCAACGGGCAUUGAGAAUGACACAAUGUCGAGUCAUCCCAUUCUUCGGCAUUUUCUUGAGAGAUCUCUAUGCAAUCGUCAAUGACAUGCCAAAUAUCGUCGUCAUCGGACAUGCUGGAGAAAAGGAGAAGCUCGAGUUUAUGAAUGAUGCAAAUGGAGAAGAUCAUUUCUCGUCGCGAAUCGGUGUCGGCGGUUUACUCAACGCUGAUAAGAUCAACCUGGUGGCCAUCGUUUUAGACAAUCUCGAGCUUUUUCAUCGACAUGGCCGUUCUCUCAACAAACUCCUCGAAAUCGAAUCCCCCACAAAUCCCGUUCCCGCGCCGAUCGUUGAAGAGCAAAAAGAGAUUAAGACUUAUGAGCCGGUGCAAUCAGUGGUAAACUCAGCACACAGUGUCACUUUGAUUCCGUUAACUUCACAAUUAUUCGAUCUCGAUGUUCUACAACGACUCCAUCAUGGCACAACGGUGAUUCACUAUGAUCCGGACACUGGUCGAUCAGUCCUUUGCCUGAUGCGAUUAGAGGCUUCUUGCUCAACAAUCACUUGGAAAAAGAUCUCGUAUUCGACGGCAAAAGAAGGAAAAGAUAAAAAUAAGGAUGGUCAAAUGGGCAAAAGCAUGUCUGGAGUGUCAUCAGUGGCUGGUGGAUCGGGAGUCGGUCAGAUGACUCCAGCGAGCGCGAAUCAAAGGGCAGCUGCUUUCCCGGUCGGUUUGGAUGAAGGAGAGAUUCGUUUGAGCAAUGUGAAAACGGUGGAACCGGUUGACAGCUACGAUUUGGACAUUGAAGCAAUCUAUCGACGACACUCGGCCGAGGAAAUGUCCGUGCCCGUUAGCUGUUGGAAGAUUUCCCAUGGACAACUGCUUUGUGACAACGAUUUUCUCUUCUUCUUGGCUCCGCAACAAAUCUCUCAGUAUUGGACAAUUGGACUUGCCGCCGUCGUGAAAGCCUAUCAACAACAGCAACGUUUCGCGGAUCGACGAAUGUUGUGGAUUAAGACACUCUAUCUACAACUUUACAACGAAUGCUCACCAACAAUCGACUCUGAUGGGCAAAAGUUGAUGGGACCUCGACCAUAUGAUGCUUUAAUGGCAUUUGGAGGGAAAGUCGAGCGAUGGAAGGGCCUUGGAAUCAAUCAAUGCGCACCGAGCUCUUCAAGGCCACAAGAUUCAUUGUCGACGAGUGAUUUGUCAAGCACGAGAAACAAGAUCAAGAACUUCAAAACAGCGGUGAGGAAUAAGCUGAGAGGAGCGUCCAGAGAUGCGAGCAGAUCACAGAGUCCACAACCACCCAGUCCAUUGGUCCGACCACCAUCCAUCAAAUCCCAGCUCUCAUUAACAUCCGGCCCAGCCGCACCCACCUCACCCGGAUUUCUGCUGAAACCGCGAGAGACUCGAGAAAGUGAAACAGGAGAUGCUGACAGUAUCUACACACCGAGAAGUCGCACACCAACAUCAUCAAGUUAUGGAGCAAAAUCGCUUGGUGGUCGCUCGUGGCGAUCUCGGGGUGGAGAAACACCGAACUCUGGGAGCAUUUCAAGCAGUGGACAAAUGUCUAGCUACAUUGCACCAUCUGGGAAAGAGUUUCAGGAGAAACCGCUAAACAUUGUCGAGUUCGCCGAGCUCUAUCGCUUGUUUUACACCCGAUUGCGGAAAGAUCUCAAAGAUGUCUACAAUGAAAUCGUGCAAAAUCUUUCGCAAAAUGCUCAACAGAAAAGAGAUCGAGAUGCAAAAACGUGUCGGAUACCGAGCAGAUUGGAUAGUACUGCUUCACUUCAACACUCUGAAUUUAUACCACAUGAUUUCUUAACAAGAAACACUGAUUCGAUUCAACAACUCAGCGAGAAACAAUGCAAAAUCUACAAUGCUCUAGCAAUGGCGAGUGUCAGCAGUACCGGUGGAAUGGAUACGACGCGAACUUGUGCAAUCACUGUGCCAAUGCUUCGUCAAUUCCUUGCCACUCAACAAAUGGAAAUUGUUGAUGACUCGUAUGUGAUGAAAAUCAUUCAGGAUCACGAACCAGAUGCCAUCUUUCGUCAAAAGAAUCAGCUCUCGUUUGAGGGCUUCACUCGUUUCCUCUCCGAUCCUUGCAAUUUCGCCUUUGUCCCCGAGACGAGCAAAGCCGAUGAGACGGAUUUGAGUCAACCGUUGUCUCACUAUUAUGUCAAUUCAUCACAUAACACUUAUCUCACUGGACACCAAUUGAAAGGAGAAAGCAGUGCGGAAAUGUAUCGACAGGUUCUUUUGACGGGUUGUCGUUGCGUUGAGUUGGAUUGCUGGGAUGGAGAUGAUGGACUCCCGUUGAUCUAUCACGGGCACACAUUCACCAGCAAAAUCGCUUUUAGACAAGUUGUCGAAAUCAUCAAGAAAUCUGCUUUUGUCACAUCGGAUCUUCCCGUAAUUCUCUCAAUCGAGAACCAUUGCUCCUUACAACAACAAGCAAAAAUGGCGCAAAUGUUUAAAACAGUUCUUGGUGACAAAUUGGUGACGUCAUUUCUCUUUGAGGCUGACUUUUCUGACUCACCUCGUCUUCCAACUCCUUUACAACUUAAAGGAAAGAUAUUGAUUAAGAAUAAGAAAAUGGUUUCCGAGCCAUCUCAGCUAUUGAGCGAGCGAAAUCUUCGCGGUGAACCACAAAAUCCCCUGCAUCGAAAGCAAAGCAAGAACAGCUACGAGAGCAGAUAUACUCUCGAUGAUGACAAUGACGAUGAUCUCGAUGAGUUUUUGGAUGACGAAGAAAAUGAGGAUGAUGAUGCUGAAGUUGUGGUUGACCGCUCCGAGACCGAAUCCCCAAAACAGGCGAAUCGACGCGGGAAAGUGGCCACAAAGCAAGAUUCACAGAAUAGCGAUAACUCGGCUGAGGGAAGAAAAGUGAUCACAACAACGCUUGCGUUGGACUCUGGCCGAGAUGGAGACGAAGUGCAAACAGUGGCAACUCUCUCCUCCCGUCCAUCCCCCAGAAAACAACCAGCCGGCCCAAUCAUUGCUCCCGAGCUCUCCGACAUUGUCAUCUAUCUACAAGCCAUCAAAUUCAAGGGUUUCCCGUCAUUCUCUCAAUCGACAGAGAUCCUUCAUGUCAGCGCCUCGACAAGUGUCUCAUUGCAACCAUCAAGAACGAGAACUUCGUCCAAUCUCAUGCCAGCCACCUCGCCUAGAGGUUUCCGCCCAAAAGCAAUGUCCCACGUGAGCCAUGUCAGUCAUCUCAGCCAAGGCUCUGGGAUUUCUCAUGAACUACGAGAUGAACUUGCUGGAAGACCCAACUCGGCAGCUAGCUGUUAUCAAGUGACAUCGCUCAAUGAGACAGCCGCCCGGAAACUCUGCCGAAAGCAUCCACUCAAAUGCAUUCAAUACACGAAAGAUCAUAUCGUUCGAACCUACCCUGGUGCCAUUCGCAUCGACUCCUCCAACUUCAAUCCCGUUCAUUUUUGGGCUCACGGCUUGCAAAUGGUGGCGCUGAAUUUUCAAACUUCUGACAUUGUGAUGGCUGUAAAUUCGGCAAUGUUUGAGCAAACGGGCAAUUGUGGCUACGUGUUAAAACCGAGAGUUUUAUGGGAUCAAACUCAUCCACUCUUUCGCCGCUACAAUCCAUCCAGCAAGGAAAUGGGCACACAUUCGGCUCUGUUACUGAAUUUGACGGUGAUUUCCGGACAGCAUGUUUUUCCGGGCACUCAUUUGGGUUCACCGUUUCUCGAAAUCGAAUUGAUUGGAGUGCUUUGUGAUUCAGCAAAAGACAAAAGCAAGACUGUACUGAAAAAUUCGGUGACUCCUGUCUGGCAACAUCAAGUUCAAUUUCCGAAUCGUUUGCGUCGAGUUGGCGUUUUUGCGAAUUGCGGUGUGCGAUGCCGGGCAAAAUGGACGCGUCAUCUCGCAACGUGUGGUACCGCCACGAAUCAGUCAAUGGAUAACGGUUUUCUCUUUAUUCGAACCCGUUUCGAGCAAGAAGAGCACAUCUACCUUCACGAUGAAGAUUCAGCCAGCAAUUCGCACAUCGAACACCAACUCGACUAUCAAAAUGACCAGAAUGAGAACAUCAAACCGACACCGAUCUUGAAAAAGCAAAUUUUCGUGUUGCGAGUGAGCGGAUUGAAUGCUGACGAUACGCCGGUGGUGGUGCAUAGCGAGAGUGGAAGCACUGUGAAAUCCGUCAUUCAGCAGGCUCUAAUCAAAGCUGGAAAGAGUGCCGAACAAGCCGAGGACUAUGUGCUGAUCGAAGAAUCGGCUACUGACUCCGAUGAUCCACAAGAUCAACGAAUAUUACCGCAUGCUGAGCCGAUUAUGGAUGCAGUUGCCUGUUGGAAUGGAGCACAAAGGAGAUUUGUCGUGAGAAAGAAGGGAUCGGAUCCAUCAUCGCGAGCUUGGAUUACGUCAAUUAUCAAGAGUAGCGGUGGUGGAUCGAGUGCUGGAGCAAGUCCGAAUAUCGGGCUUUCCGAGAGGAAAUCAAAUGAGGGAAUCGGGAUGAAAUCUUCGUCCUCGUCACAUUUGACUGGACGUAGUCUGGAUGUCGAGAACGGGGAUACACUGGAACCACCAACCGGAUUACACCCAAGAGCUCGAUCAAUGGGCGACACUUUCCUCGUUUGUGUGCACAAUGUGAGUGAUGAUCAACCAUACGCGAUUCUCCGUGCCUCGAUUAAAAGCACUGCCACCGAUGUGAUAAAACAGGUUUUCAUGAAAUCUCGUCGCCUUGAGAUGGAUGAGAACGACUUUGUGCUGAUUGAAGAGACCGGAGAUGAGCCGUGCACAGGCACAACGACAAAGAACUACCAGGGAAAGGUGAACUCAAGAGUGCUGGCUCCCGAGGAAAACGUGUGGAAAGCUCAAUCGAGAUGGAAAUCCUUUGGCCGUUUCGUUUUGGAGAAUCGAAAAGAAGCCGUCAACACGACGCUCGAAAAAGCAACACCAAGAAAAGCUGAGCGAAAAGUCUCAUUGGCGUCGUUGGGAUUGCCGAAAAGAGUGCCACGUUUCGGCAAAUCGGCAACAAUGGACAUCGCGAAAGGAGCAGCUGAU